UGGAUUCGACCUCAACUUCUUACCAUCCAGGACAACCAUAUCUGCUAACUGGUUGGGCUUCGGUCAGUCUGCUGACUCUCUUAUCCAGAUAGAUGUUGAAUCAGGUAACCCUGGUCUACAAGACAGCAAUAACGGGGAACAGGAUCGUAAUCAACUCGUCUCCUUUUACGAAGUUGCCAUCGGAACUGACCGAAGAUUUCCAAAUACCCGAGACAAUGUUGUACCAUUCACAAACGUUGGUCCAAAUACAACUGUGACCUUGUAUGACCUUGACCUGACCCCAAUAACGGCAGUGUAUUAUGUCACAGUGAGGGCAACUAGUACAUCAUACUCUGAAGCUACAACCACGUCAAAUGGCUUCCGAGUCGGAUAUGAUAGUUUAAUUAUUCCGGGAGAAAUCGUUCUGACAACUUACGUGAGUACAUACCAGUACCUGGACUCGCAGUGGGAAGAAUUCACCUCAAACCUUGACAUUCUCAUGUAUUAUGUGGCUGUAUCCAAUAAUUCUGAUGCCAACAACACGGACUGUAAACUGUAUAUUGAAGGAGGAAAGGCCACAGAGGUAGUGAAGUUACAACUGUUCACCGAAUACAACGUGACCAAUCUAGGAAAGAACUCGUUCACAAAGAUACAGCCUCUUAACCUGACACAGGGCGAAUCCUACUUCCUCUUUGUUAUGGCCACUGACAAGUCUGGGCAAUGUGCAAUGACCGUGAAGGAAUUCACCACGGAUACCACACCUCCUACCAUGGGACGCAUGACGGCCGGCAUGUUUUACGACAUGCCUGUGUCCUACACAGCCGAUAACAAGUCUGUGACAGUGUACUGGGAAGGAUUCGCGGAUCCCGAGUCCAGCAUCACCAGUUACUCUCUAUCACUGUAUAAGUAUGCUUCCUGUAGAGUCUCCGAUAACACAGAAAUCCUGGUCAUGGAUUGGAUAAUACUCUCCAGUAAUAACUCGGAGUUUACACUUGUUGACCUCGAGCUAAAACCUAGUAUACCUUACCUGGUCAAGUUGAAGGUCACUAAUGGCGCUGGCCUUUACGUCACCGUCACCAGCUCACCAAUUCUGUAUGACAAGUCUUUCGCUACAGAGGGUAGAGUGUCUGAUGGGCUCGACUUUCAGAAUGAUGGUGUCUGGUUUAAUAAAAAGACAUCAAUGACAGGUUCUUUCCUACAUCUUGCCAGUCCAACAGCCGAGAAUUGUCCCCAGCGCCCAGUAAGUGUAGCAAAUACUACUGGCUGGUACAAGAUGGAACAGAAUGGCUUCAAGGAUCCUACCUGUAAGGAGUGGAAUUUGGUCCAGAAACCUGGUUUUGUUAUUAAGGAUAUCUACGACGACAUUGUCACACUAAAGGUGGCGAGGGAUUCCAAUGAGGAAAAAGUCAACGCUGGCAUCUACUACAGAAGUGCCGAUAUGGAAAAUGGUGGCGAUUAUCAGGUAAUGCUGAAGGCGGCUGGAGGUGGUGGUAAAGCAGUGACAGAGAUUAUGUUCUGGGACGGACCGAUCAAUGAGAUAGCCACACUGGACUAUUAUGAGGACCCAGACUGGACAGAGGGUCUUUGUUCUUGUUGUCUCAUUGAUCCUCCUCCAGCGGACUGUUCGUGUGAUUGUCCCUACUACUUACAACAAAACAACCUGACCGCUGUUCCUUCAGCCAGUGUGACCACAACAACAUUGGCUCCCACGACAACAGUCACCACGACCACGUCACCGUAUGAUGUCAUCAGUGAUGACACAGCUGUGGAUGGCGUUACUGCUAUAGACACUAGCUGUCCACCUACACAGAGGUCAUGUGGUGUACAGAUUCAUACCGCAGAUCCAGCUGAAGGAUUCAACAACCAACUUGUAGUCUGGUGUCGAAAUUUCAAUAAUACAGAAAAACCUAGUAAGGCGGCAGUUGAUUUGAACUUUAACCCCUCGACCAGCUACCAUGCCUACCAAGUGAGCUUUGUUGCUAUCAAUGAGGAAGCUGUACAGACCCAAUGGUGCAUGAGAGUGUUUGUGGACUCCGAGUAUAUGGCAGAGCUGUGCGGAAUUGCAGAAUUAACCCUAAACACAUUGCUGGUGUUCCAUGUAUUCAACAAGAACAACGUUGUUCCGCCGAUUGUCUCAACAUUUGAUCCAUGGUCUGCCAAGGCUUAUAUUAAUGAGCUAAUAAUGCCUCCAGCACCUGGCUCCCUCUGUCGGUAUGGAGUUCCCUUCAGGGGAGCAACUGACCCGAUUCUCCGUUAUGAGGCUGGCAUAGGGACAACUAAGCUAGGAACAGAGGCUGAACCAUUCAGACUGAUUGACACACCUUGUAUCCCUUGCUUUGAUGACUGUUCUCGAUUCCAAUGCGACACUGCCUGUAAUCCAGAUGUCCGUACCCUGAAAACCUUCACACUGGCCAACCUUACUCUGGAACCUAAGUUAUAUGUGGAGAAUGAGACAGGACAUGGCCUGUUAGAGGAUGUAACUUACUAUCUCACAGUGAGAGCAAUGGUUGGUUCAGGAGAAACAGCAGUGUCAUCCUCAAAUGGAUUCUACAUAGAUGACACACCACCUGCUUUUGACACAGAUGUGUUUAUCUACAUUGAUGUUAACCAAGGUGAAUUUACCCCGACCUACUUCCAGUCAUCCAACAGCACCAUCAAGGCUAUCUGGCUGUGUGAGGACAGCGAAAGUCUUAUAAAGGAUUACCAAUGGUCCAUUGGUACAACAGUAGGUGCACAGGAUCUGCAGGACUGGGAGUCCGUAGGAGUCAACCCUACAGGGAUCAACGCAACGUUUGAAGGGCUACUGGAACACAACACUACAUACUAUGUGUCUGUCAAGUGUACAAGUGGAGCCGGUGAUGUGGUCACCUACAACGACACCAAAGGUACCACUGUGUUGCUGGAGCCGCCAGUUAUAAACGAUGUAAACACAGACAUUGUAGGAACUGAACCUUUCCCUCAGCCUGUUAUACCAGCCAACUCAAAAAUACUGAACGACUCCACCACCCUCACAUGUAGCUUCACAAUGACGGCCGACGAGAGUGUAGACCGCUACGAUUUCUGUGUGGGCAGUACAGCUGAAGAAGAUGACAUUUUUCCAUGCACAUAUUCGGCCAUUAAUGUAUCCACAAAAGUGGAAAUAAAAAAUGGCAAUUUUUACAUAAACGGCAUGGAGAUACGAGCUCUAGCACAGCUACGGGCUCCCAAGAUUGGAGAAAGCGCCGCUGAUCAGUCAAACAGUGCAAACAGUAAGUUUGAGUUGGAGCCAAUGAGACAAGCAGUUAUGUAUCUACGAAUCUGUAACAAGGCAGUUCUGUGUACCAAUAAGACGGUGGCCACCACGGUGAUUAGCAGUAGUGGUAUGAUGUCCAGUACAUCAUCCAAUGGUUCUAGUGUCACCAUCCUCUUUACCCUUGGAUCGUCACGACGAAGGAAACGAGCCACCAACAACAUCAACAUUCAAACUCCAGAAGGGUUACUGCCAGGCCAGACUAUUGUUGUGACACCUUUGGAUGAUGCCACAGUACAGAAGGAUUACCGGUCAGAUGCAUCCCUUAACUUUGUGCCCUAUAUAGUUAACCCAUCAACAACUAGUGACCUCACCGAACGAUUACUACAGAAACGAUUCCUGGGAUAUUCGGAUACCUUUGCCAUUGGCUCCCUUGGUCACUAUGAGUUACCAGGGCCUCUACUGGUGACCUACCCAGAUACUGUGGGAAACGUAACCACUGGCAACAGGACCAUGCUACUACACUGGAAUAAAAAGCAAACCCAAUGGGAGAUCAGCAGUGAGUCGUGUGAGUACGAGACCGAUCGUGAGGUGUUUAACGGAGAUGGUACCGUCACGGUCAAGGUUUGUGAAACGCACAAAGAGGCCAUUGAAAAUGUCACAGACACUGUCCCUGAUAGUUCCAGUCGUCGACGCCGACGUGCAGCAGUGAAUCUAGACUCCUAUUUCAGCUCAGAAACACAAUUUGUGUUGGCCACAACAGCCGCAGAACCAUUUAACUCUCCUCCUAUCUUUGAGAGUGACCCCAACAUAUUUAUGCUGGAAGAUGAAGGUAUUAUCCAGUACCAGUUGGUCUCGUCCGACCUGGAGAAUGACACUGUGGAAUUCUAUCUUGAAACUCCCUCUGAGAACAACACUAUGGGGACAGUCCUGUUAUCGUUGAAUGGGCUGUUAUACUACACCCCCUGUACAGACUGUAAUGGUUUGGACUACAUCUACAUCACAUUGGCUGAGCUUCAGUCUGACCCGGACAUUCCACCUGAAAACACUUCAGUGAUCCUGACUGUGAAUAUCACUGAAAUAAACGAUCCACCAGUGAUUUUCGCAUCCCAGUUUGGCGACAGUGUCCUUAAUGAGGAUAUCACUGAACCUAUUGUUUUAUACCUGGAGCAAAAGAACAGUUGGAAUACCGAUAAAUGGGAAACAACCGACUCAGUCCUGAUAAUUGGUGCCUAUGAUGUAGAGAUGGAGCAUCUAAGUUUGUCCUACACAGAACCAGCUGUGGGCACCAUACUGUCAUCUACCCAAUAUACAGAUGUCCCUGAAGUCGGCCUCUGUCCCACAAACCGCCAAGACAGGACGGCUACAAUGUUCCCCUGUGGUAACUUCAGCAGUGAGAUCCCUCACGACCCAAUCAACAUGUCCUGGCUGUAUUUUUCACUGAACUUCUCCCAGCCUGACGGGUUUACUGGAUUAGUCUUCUCCAAGUUUUACUUCAAUGACACGGCUAACAAGACAUCUGAUGUUAUCACGGUACAGUUUACGGUACUGGAAUCACCCUGUCACAAUUCUGGAUACUGUCAUCCAAAGAACGCCAGUAACUACCCGUGCCAGAAUGUGUACCGGGCCAGUAGUUUUGACCUGUAUUACGAUUGUAUAUGUCAGCCCGGGUAUACAGGUGUUUACUGUGAAGAAGACAUUGAUGAGUGUGCUAGCUCCCCUUGUCCAGCUCCCUUUAUCUGCCAGGAGUUGGUCAACCAGUACCAGUGUAUUUGUCCGGAAGGAGAUCUCAGCUGUGUGUUUGAAGCCUGGAUGAUUGCUCUCAUUGUCUUGGCCUGUAUUCUUCUCAUCAUACUACUGCUUCUGUGUCUGUAUAUCAGGAAGGUCAAGAAAAGCGGCCAUUUUGCUUGGGUAGAGAAGUACAUCUUGUGUCGAGAGAAACAGGGCUCCAUGGCCUCCCUGAAGACAGAGAGUGAUACAUCUGAUGAAUCUUCAGAGAUGCAAGUGUUUAAUAAAAAUCCAGAUCGCGAGGAAGCUGAUGGAGAUAGUGGGAAACUGUUACCAAUUAUUUGUGAGGAGGAAAAGAAGCCGCCACUUGAUACAGUGUUUGUGGAACCCCCCGAAUACACGCCAACCUAUUCAUUGGAUCAUUUUGAGCCUGUGCCGGAUUCUUUUGAAUACGUCCCACCCACACGUCAAAUCGAACAGCCGUUUGUACCGGAUGCAUUUGUGUACAUCGACCCAAUACCGUUUGAUCAAGAUGUGCCGAACACACCGCCAGUGAGACCGCGCAUCAAUCCGACCCAUGAGUACCAAACCUUGCCAAGAUAUACUCAUUCCAACUUCAAACCCCUCCCAAUUCUGAAAGGAACCAAGACAUCAUCGAUGGCAAUGGGAGGGGCAGGAUAUCAAAUAAAAUCAGGCGGUCAGGUGGUCAAGCCGCCACCGCCAUAUUCCAUGGAUGACUUCAUGCAGAAAAUGAAGGAAAAUGCAAAGAGAAAGAAAAAGAAGGUAACAAGGAAACGUAGGAAGAUGAAGCCAAAAACAGCUCCAUUGGACGAUAAUGUUGACGUAUAUAUGGGACAUGUACGCCAAACUCCACUUCCCAGUAAAAUCCAUACGCCAAUAGACUUUGAGAUGUCCCGCAUACCGUCCGAAUCACCGCCACCGUACGCUUCUCCUCAACCUAAGGGAUCCAACUCCGGAAGCAGCCGUAGUCCAGGCGACGGCGAGUCCAUUGAAAAUGUUAGCCAGGGCAGCCAAUCGCCGCCGACGGCUAUAUCGUUCCUGGCUGCCAAACCGCUUCAGGAUUUCCCUCCUGUACUGCAUCCUAGAGAAGCCUUUGUGAAGACACCAACAUUUAAUUCAUCAGGGCCAACCUCUUCCCAGCGAGGUAGCUCUCUUGGCAAUCAUCGUCGAACAGCCUCUCCGGUAUCACUUAACCAACCACGAGCCAACUUGGGUCGUGCCCCGUCCCCCUUCCUGCACAUGCGCGAUGGGCCAGAGAAUCAGCCUAUCGACAUUGAUGUGGACACUGAUAGCAUGUUGGGCGUUGAGGAAAUUGAUAAUCCAGCAUUUGAGGGUGAUGGUGGCAAUCGGGCAAAGUCGAACAGCCCUACCCAGAGCCAGCCAUUAUUUGAGGAAAAGGAUAAUUAGACCGGAUAAGUAAUUCAACACUCACAGAAAUAUCAUUUUAAAGUGACUUUCAAACCACACCGAAGUGCCUAUAGAUAUUUUAGCAAUCCAUUGCUUUCUAAAAAAAAAUAUGCUUUUCAACGAUUCAAAUAUAUACCACGAAAUGACAUUAGCAGUUUUUUUUACCUGUUUUGGUUAUCAGUGAUAUGAAGUGAUAUUUCAGUUUUGACAUAAUGUGAUCAACUGUUCAUUUGGCUUAAAUAUCGUGAAAGAUGUGUCUAAGCAUGUGGCCUUCUUGAUUUGAACUCCGUCCAGAUAUAUCUGAUUAAUGUUAAGUCCCGUGUCUUACAACUUUGAAUGAAAUGUAAAAAUAUUACUUUAAGAUAUAAUCCAAAAAUAUGAUAUACUGAUAGCUAAAUUAUUGUUUAAUGAAUUUUAAAUACUUAAAUCUGUUAUUUGAAGCUAUAUCUGAUAACAAAUAAGUGAUGAAUGUGUCCAAAUAAUGUAUUUUCACAGUUCUACAAAUCCGUCCAUAACUGGUACUUUUUAUGACUGUGAUAUUAGGGAAAUUUGACCAGAUUAAUCUGUCAUAAUAUUAAAACGUUUUAUUCAUACAUUUUUUUUUUACAUUUAUAUAAGAAUAUUUUUCUGUGAUACAAUUACUGGAGACUGUGAUAACUGAAUGAGUAUUACCGGCUUACCACACUUUUACAGUGUCGGUUUAACAUGUCUGAACGGAAGCAGAUUGCAGUGUUAUUUAAUUUUAUUCCAACAUCUUUCUGAUGAGUACAUGGACGUAGAAAAUUGUGAUUUUUUUCCGGGAAACAUGCAUAUUAUCAUCAAUAAAGAAAAAAAUCCGCUUGAAAUAUGUAUAAUGAUUCAGUACAAUAUGUUGGUAUAUUGAUAAUGGUGUAAGCCGGUAACACUCAACGUCACGUGAUUUGUUAUAUAUUGCAACUAUUACCGGUAUUUUCGUUUCUCUUAUUUUUGUUAUGGUUUUUAUAUCUUUUGUAUGACAAGGCUUAGCUCCCAAUCGUCCUCUCUGGCAAUACACUGGUAUGAUAGCAGUUGAAAUAAACUCAUAAAACAUAAUUGUUCUAAAGCACGAAUUUAAAUUUUCAAAUUUUAAUUAUGACUGCUUGUGAACGAUUAUGUAAAUAAUUCUGAAGAAAAGCAUGCUUGAUAUCUCAUGUGUAUUUACUAUUGGAGCAAGGAGUUGAUAGUCUUCAAAUAUGAAAUAAAGUUAUAACUUUUACAAGCAACUUCCAUGUUAAAUAAUUAUUGUUUAAUAAAAGUUUUCACAUUUUAAUUUCGUU